GUUCAAGGCCUGGGUCCCACCUUUAAGCUGACACUUCACCUACAGAAUACCUCAACAGCUCGGCCAGCACUGGGGCUGCAGGUCUGCUUCCUGUACAAUGAGGCACUCUAUGCCCUGCCCCGGGCCUUCUUCAAGGUCCCUUUGCUGGUGCCAGGACUCAGUUACCCACUGGAGACCUUUGUGGAGAGUCUCAAUAGCAAGGGCAUUUCAGACAUGAUCAAGGUGCUGGUGCUCCGGGAAGGCCAGAGUGCACCCCUGCUGAGUGCUCACAUCAACAUGCCUGUGAGUGAGGGGAUGGCAGCUGCCUGAGCUCUGGGCCAGCAUUUAAGCCUCCACAGAAUGGAGCCAGCCAGAUCCACGACUUCCGGUGCCCCCCAGGCUACGUCCCCACACAGCAGUGUAGUGGCAUCCGCUUUCUGUGCCUCUCUGAAAGAGUCCCUGCUCCCUACCCUUGCCACCGGGCCUGAUCCACAAGACAGAGAGUGCUCAGAGUCAGCUCCUGCUCCCUGGUAUCCCUCCAGAGCACUGACCCAUGAUUCCUGCUGCCUACCACCCUCCCCAGCUCUUUAAAGAAAUCUCAGGUCCUAAGAAGAGACCUGAGGUGAUCAAGGUGAGCAGAGGCCCCACCCUUCCUUACUCCACUCAUCUGUUUCAGAUCAAGGCUGCAACUGCUCGAGGUCUUGGCUGCAGCUGCCCUGUUGCCCUUUAAGAUUGCAGGGGGCAUGGUUUCUGCCAGCUUAUCUUGCAGACACAUGCGCUAAGCUCCCUCAUGAAAAAAGGGCUCCACUUUUACCUUGCAGUCCAGGAGACACAGGGCUGUGUCCACAAGUCUUAGACCAGCCACAAAGAUUGACGGAGGAGGUGGUGCAAGAGGUAGAGGGGAUCCCUGUGAGGAGCUAGUGGUCCCAGCCCCAGCCAAAGCUCCCACACAGCAGCUGCUCCUGACCCGAACACUUGCGUCCAGAGCAUCAUUCCUGAAAUGGAAUACCAGGCUAGAUAGCAGAGCUAGGGCUGAUGGCACCAGGAAGACCUGGGAACUGGUACCUGGGAAGUGGCCCAAGAAGUGGUGCCCACAAGUACCUGUCAGGAUGCACUUAGGCCCAAAACACAAGAUGGUCCAGAGGGUCGAAUGUUUCUGUGCAGUAGCCAGAAUGUGCACGAGGUCCCUGAAAAGAUACACAUGAGUGGUAUGGAAUGAAGCUGAAGGCUAAAUGAAGAUGUGUUUAGAUUCCAAGUGCCAGCAGCCUCUGGCCCUCUUCAAAGACCAUUCUGAACCACUUGAGAACCAGGAGCGCUGUUCCAUGGAGACCAACAUUUUCUCGUGUCUGACCAGGUUCAGCCUGGCGUGUGGCACAGGUAUUAUGUGAGGGGUGCUGUGCUGUCACAUGUUGUGUAUUGGGUCAGAUGACAUCCCAGUCCCUUUCACCCCAGUCCAGCUGUAAGAUCAGAACAAAGCAUUUGGUGUGCACUGUCUCCAUAGCUGUUUAUGAUGAUACAAGGGAGAGACACAUGCCCAGGCCCUACCAAGUAACAGUGUUAUUCUAUGCACUGGUUGGUAAGAAAUGUGUGGCUGGGCUGGUGAUGGCGUUCACUUUUAAUCCCAGCAAGGGUAGGCAGAUCUCUGUGAGUUCGAGGCCUGCCAGGACAGCUGUUAUUAAAGAAACCCUGUCUUGAAAAGAACCAGGGGUGGGGGGUGGGAAGAAAUGUGUGUCCUACUCCUUAUGGACACAAAGGAACAUGAGCAUAAACAGCAGAGUGCCCAGUACACACAGGAGUGAGAACGCUAAGAAAUUGUGAACAUUAAGGAUGAGAAGAGUCUAUCUGUUUUCAUAAUACUUCAUUUGAAACAUACACCUAUGUAGUGAUCUGGAAUAGACUAUUUAAUACAAAAUAAAUGCCUUCCCAUUCCACAGGA